AUGGCAAUUCCCGCGCCACUUGUCGUCCCCGCUCUCAAGCGGCACACUGCCACCGUCAUCGUCGCUCACGGCUUGGGCGAUAGCGGUGCCGGCUGGAUGUUCCUCGCUGAGAACUGGCGCCGCCGCAACAAGUUCGAAGAGGUCUCCUUCAUCUUCCCGAGCGCCCCUUCGAUCCCCAUUACUAUCAACAUGGGCAUGCGCAUGCCCGGUUGGUACGACAUCCUCUCCCUCUCCGACAUCAACCAGCGCUCCGAAGACGAGGCCGGCAUCAAGCGCAGCAUGGAAUACUUCCACGGCCUGAUCAAGCAGGAGAUGGACAAGGGAAUCCCCAGCAACCGCAUCGUCAUCGGCGGUUUCUCCCAGGGUGGCGCUAUGUCUCUUCUCUCUGGCCUCACCUCCCCGAACAAGCUGGGCGGAAUCUUCGGUCUGAGCUGCUACCUUCUGCUUCAGAACAAGAUUCGUGACAUGGUCCCUGAGGAAAACCCGAACAAGGAUACCCCCAUCUUCAUGGCGCAUGGUGACAUUGACCCUGUCGUGCGCUACGACUGGGGCCAGAGGACUGCGAGCAAGCUCAAGGAGUGGGGCUGGAAGGUUGAUUUCAAGACAUACCAGGGACUUCCGCACUCCGCCGAUCCUGAGGAGAUUGAAGACCUCGAUGCAUACCUCAGAGAGAGGAUCCCGCCCCUUGGCGACAAGGAGGAGACCUCUGGCAGCCUCUGA